CAUCAGCGGAGAUCUCAUAUUAUUGGUCACCAACAGUUGGCUAGAUGGAUUACAGCUGGAAUGAUUCUAUGUACGGUUUUGACGAUGAGCUUCCGCCUAGCUUAGCAUUGGUAGUACAUCCUAGUGGUCGCCCAAAGGUUGGUAUUGACUGGGACGCACUUCAAAUUGUUGAGAGGCAAGAUGAGGAAGGUAGGAUAGAAAUUGUUGAUGAUGACAGAAUGUAUGAGUUGAUCGGUUUGAGAGCUGAGGAUGAGGAAGGCUGGUGAAGCUUUAAAGAUGCAAGAGGGUGAUGAUAAUUGGGUAUGGUUCAUGAGCCAACUGAAAAAGGCAAUAGGAGAUCUUCCAUUGCUUGCUGUAUGUACAGAUGCAUGCAAAGGGUUAGAAAAUGCAGUAAAACUUGUUUUCCCUCAGGCUGACCAAAGAGAAUGCUUUAGGCAUCUAAUGCAGAAUUUUGUUAAGAGGUUUGGAGGUGACAUAUUCUCUAAGAUGUACCCUACAGCUAGGGCAUAUAGGUCAGAAGUUUCACAAUUCUUUUACAAUCAAGUUGUGGAAGCUUCCCCAGAUGUAAAGAAAUGGCUAGAUACUUACCACAAGCUGAAAUGGAGGAGGAGUCAGUUUAAUCCUGCCAUCAAGUGUGAUUAUGUCACCAACAAUCUAGCUGAAGUCUUCAACAACUGGAUUAAAGAUUGGAAGGACCUUCCAGUUGUUGAGCUUGCAGACAAGUGUAGGGAGAUGAUAAUGGUGUUGUGGGAGAAAAGGAGAAGAAUUGGAGAUAAACUUAAUGGGAAGAUCUUACCUGCUGUUUUACAACAAUUGAAGGCAAGGACCAGAGGCCUAGGGCAUCUAUCAGUGACAAAGGCUGGUUUUUUCUCUGCACAGGUUGAGGACAACACAAACACUCACAACAGACAUGUAGUGAAGUCAUACUUGCAUGAGUGUACAUGCCUAGAGUGGCAGCACACCGGCAAACCUUGUCCACAUGCAUUGGCUUUGAUUACAGCACAGGAGAGUGUGGAUGUCGAAUUGGAAGAUUUUGUGCAUGAAUUCUACUCUGUACAAAGGUUCAAAAAUGCAUAUAAGAGAAUAAUUGAACCACUACCUGAUAAGUCUCAAUGGCCAACAGUGGAUCUGCCCUAUGCGGUUGCUGCACCACUUGACAAGAGAGGUAAAGGAAGGUAUAAGAAACUAAGAAUUAAGAGUUGUUUGGAAGGUGGGAAUAGCAAAGGGAAAAAAGUAGCUACAGAGAAAGGCAAGGAAGCUGACAAGAAUGCAGUACUAGAAGCUGACAUGGAGGGUUCAAACCAAUCUGAGAAGGGGAAAAGGAAGAUGAUUAGAGGCAAAAGAAAGUGCAAAAGAUGUGGAGAAUUAGGUCACAGUGAAACUAGCUACAAGUGCCCAUUGAACGGAACAAAGAAAAGGAAGAGAAAGCCUCGCAUGAAUAGAACAAAGUAUGGGGAUAAUGCCAAAAUCCCCAAAACUCGACUUCAACGAAGUGUCCAAGGUCAAGGUGCUGUCCAAGGUGAAGCUAAUGUCGAACUUGAAAGUGUUCAAGAUCAUGGUGUUGUCCAAACUGAAGCUGAUGUCCAACUCGAAGUUUCUCUUCCGGUUACACCAACAAGGGAGUCUAUUUUACAGGACAGCCCAAUCAGAGUCACUAGGAGUCGGCUUGCUAUGCUACUGGGAGAUGGACAGAUUGAUAUCCAGUCACCUCCCAAGACUACAACUCCUAAGAAGAUGCUAGUGAAGAAGCUCACACCAAGGAAGCUGAAGAAAAUGUGACAAGAUUGUAAUAACCUGCUGAUUUCUAUGUUAUCUAAGAUUUUAGUAAGCUAGUGUUAGAAGUGAACCUUGUUAUGCUAUCAGAUGAACUAUAUUUGGAUGGAUAUCGUAGUUAUUUUGAACCUUGUUAUGCUAUCAGAUAAAUUGUGUUCUUUCUGAAACUGUGUUCAUUCAGUUAAGAAUGGGAAACUGUGUUCUGAAUUUCUUAAA